GCCGCCGCCCGGCCGGGUGUGGAUGGAGGUGGUGGAGCCCGCGCGGCGCGCGGAGUGAGCGGCGGAGCGGCGGGACUUAAGCGGACUCGCGAUGGAGGAGGAGGGUGUGAAGGAAGGGGGCGAGAAGCUUCGGGGAGCACGGAGGGCAGACAAGGCUGGCUGGAUCAAGAAGAGCAGCGGUGGCCUCCUGGGGCUUUGGAAAGACCGGUAUCUGCUCCUCUGCCAGGCCCAGCUGCUGGUCUACGAGAACGAGGACGAGCAGAAGUGUGUGGAGACAGUGGAGCUGGGCAGCUAUGAGAAGUGCCAGGACCUUCGUGCCCUCCUCAAGCGGAAACACCGAUUUAUCCUACAGCGAUCCCCAGGGAACAAGGUCAGCGACAUCAAGUUUCAAGCAACCAGUGGAGAGGAGAAGGAAUCCUGGAUCAAAGCCCUCAAUGAAGGGAUCAACCGAGGCAAGAACAAGGCUUUCGAUGAGGUGAAAGUGGACAAGAGCUGUGCCCUGGAGCAUGUGACACGGGACCGGGUGCGUGGGGGCCAGCGGCGCCGGCCACCUACAAGAGUACACCUGAAGGAGGUAGCCAACGCAGCUUCUGAUGGGCUUUCGCGCCUCGACCUCGAAGUUCCAGAUAGUGGGCCACCGGUGUUUGCCCCCAGCAAUGAUGUCAGUGCAGCCCAGCCCCGGGAGACACUCAAGCCCCCUAUGCCUCCUACCAAGCCUUCCCCAGCGCCUGAGACGACCAGCCUUGGUGACAGCGUGGAGACCCCUGCUGGGGAGGGAGCCCCAGCCCCUAUCUCAGCAAGGUCUGAGUCCCACCCUGGGACCCAAGAGGACUCAGAGACUCCAGUACAGGAGGACAGUGGCUCUGAGCAGCCCUCCAACAGGGUCCUGCCUGACAAACUGAAAGUGAGCUGGGAGAACGCCAACCCCAAGGAUCCCCCUGACUUUGAGAGUACAGAACUCCAGGUGCCCCGCUCUGAGACUCCUGAGGCUCUGCCCAAGGAGGGUGGGAAGCCCCCUACACCCCCACCCAAGAUCUUAUCAGAGAAACUGAGAGCCUCCAUGAGUGGGAUGGGGGCUUCUGGGCCAGCCCAGAGUCAUGAGACCUCUGAGAUCUCUGCCCCAGAUCCAGCAGAGAUCUCAGUGAAUGGCAUGGAUGACAGUCCCGAGCCCAUCCAGCCACCCCAGGCCUCGGGCAUCUCAGAAACUCCCCCAGAGGAUGCAACAACAUGCACAGCACUGCCCCGCUGGGACCUGCCAUCUCAUUCCCAUCCCCGCUGCUCCUCCCUGGGGGACCUGCUUGGGGAAGGCCCCCGGCGUCCACGGCAGCCUGGAGAACGGCUGUAUCGGGCCCAGCUGGAGGUGAAGGUGGCCUCAGAACAGACGGAGAAACUGUUGAACAAGGUGCUGGACAGUGAGCCGGCCCCCGUAAGUGCUGAGACACUGCUCAGUCAGGCUGUGGAGCAGCUGAGGCAGGCCACCCAAGUCCUACAGGAAAUCAGAGGUCUGGAAGAGCUGAGCCAGGAAUCACCUGGGCUACAGGAGAAGCGGAAGGAGCUGGUGACCCUCUACAGGAGAAGUGCACCCUAGGGCCUGCCGGGCCAGGGCACUGUCCCUCCUAGCCCGCCCAGUCCAUCAUUGCCCAAUCCUGCCAAGAAACAUGCUUCUGCUCAGGCUGCAGAAGGGCCAUCAGGCAUGUUGGGGGUAUGGCCAGGACUUGCAGAGAUUCCUGGCAUCCUUUCUGCCCUGCCCUGGCCAGUGGGGCCAGGUGCCAUCCAGGGCCACUAUUUGGCUAUCUGGCCCAGGCUCUGGGUUCCGGAUUUGGGCUGGGAGCACACACUUGGUUGCUUGCAUGGUUGUUCUGAACUGCCCCAGGGCUUUAGCACGGCACUUGGGGUUUCUGGGGGUGACAUCAUCUCUGCUUCCCAUCCCCAGUAGUUUACAUUCCUGACUUCUGAAUAGAGCACAGCUGAGCCCCCCGCCCCUGCAGCUCCCACGUCCAGAUGUU